AUGUCUUUCCAUCUCGACUCGUUCGUCAACAGUCCAGCUUCAGCCGACCAGGCUCCAGCUUGGCAACUACACUCGAGCACCGACUCUUAUCUCGAAUGGGACGCCAAUCCAAAGUCACUGAUCGAACAGCAGCCUAGCUCAACCACAACCUCUCCGCCGCCGUCCAUGUCCAGGCUACGCUCGACCAGUUCGACCGUUGCCACUUUGGCCCCAGGCGCUCAAACACCUGCAGAGCCGCCGUCAACCGACUCCGCCUCGGUGCUGUCACAUAAUGGUCACACCACCAGCCCUGAACGCUCAGUAUCGCCUUCCUACUUUACCAAACUCUACUUUCAUCCUCCUGAUCGCACAACCUCGGCCACCAGCCCCACCAUUACAUUUACCAGCGCAAUCGAACCCUCGCUCGUCGCUCAUGCGCAACCUUCCCCUCUGCUGCCGACUGAUGCACAGUCCGCCUCUCAUCUCCCCAGUCCUGCUCGCGAAUCACACACUGGCCGUCGACCAUCCAUAAGCGCGGUCGGAUCUAGCUCCACUACAUCCCCCCUGACUACACCCUUAUCGCCCACCCUGUCCAGCAGAUCCUCGGCUGCCGGAGGCGGCUUCUUUGCUUCCUUGCGUCCCUCCUCUCCGGGUAACCUCCCCAUCUCUACCUCAAAGCCUCAGGAUGGUGACAACCUUGGCAAACCCAGAAGACCUAGCAGUGUCUUUGACCAUGUCGGCAAUGUUUGGGAGCGCUUCGGUCGCAAGGUACACCACACACGCACUGCCACAUCAGAGCACCAUUCUAGCUCCUCUUCGCACACCCGCCGCUCUGCCAGCCAGGCCUCGCCUCCGAUUGGCCUCACGCCAGAAUCGGCAGAUCCCUUCGACACGGCCCGCAACUCGCCAUCCGGAUCCUUCAUCUCGCAGGCUUCCCCUUCGCAAUCCACCACCACCGAUUCGGAAUGCCGUACGCCUGCAACUCCAGGCGGCGAACCGCCAGCUCAACUAAGCACACCGCAGCCUCUCCCAUCUGCUCCAGCGUACACGUCCGUAUCUGCACUCGACUCAUCGGUCAAUGCACCUCAGCAAGAGGAGGCCGAAGAGCUCCCGUACUUGGCGCCAGAAUCCCCCAGACCGCAGCCACAAUCCUUCAACACGAUAGGCUCGCCGCGAAUCCCAAGCGGUCAGCGAUCUGCCACCUCGCAUCGCAGGACCUCAAGCCUGCUCGAACGUGUUCUCAUCCAAGUCACCGAUGACAAUGAGAGAUUCUCUGUCGUCGAUAUCUCGGGCGUAGACUCGGCGGAUGCAAUCAAGGAGAGGAUGUUUGCCAAGCUUCACCUCUUCGAUGCAGAUCACUCCAGCUUCCAGCUUUUCCGCACCGAGAUCGGCCAAUCCGAAGCCACUGGUCCUGUUGUCAGUGACGAUGCGCUACUCGUGCUGUGCCUCCAGAUGGGCGAUGAUCGCGGCACGCUCAAAUUUUUGGUACAGCAGAUCGCACCUCCACCAAACUCGACGGUAAGAGCCCUGCCGCCUCCCACCUCUACCAUUGUCUCACAAAGGGCAAUCAACAACAUACGCAGAACUUCGGGCACGGGCUCCGCCCCCGGUCAGCAUCUUCGAACCGAAAGCCAGUCCUCAAAGAGCUCGUUGAGCGACGCGCUUGUCUAUCCCGAAAUGAUUGGCGCAGACGCGGCUCACGAAGGCUCAAAUCGCAAUUCAGGUAGCAGCUUGACGCGGUCCAAAGCCCAGACAAGGCGCGCGCUUCCAAGCGCUCCGCCUGUCGACGAUCUGCGCUCUCCUACCCACUCGUGCAUCUCUUCAACAACUCAGAGCGCCGUCCAGGACCGCAGGUCUAUCGCCUCAUCGGGCGACGGCUCUGCGAAUGAGUCGUGGGCGAGACACGGUGCCUCGGCGAGUGAUGGUGCUCCUUCCGCUAUCCCAACUCAGCGAUCCAGCUCCGUCAAUGCCAACGCCUCAGCAGCUCAAUCAUCUAGCAGUGGUAGCGCUGGCCGGCAUCCCAGCAAUCUCGAGGACGACAGGCAACGCUACGACGCAGAGCCAGGCGUCAAUCGAUCGCUGCACGCUCCGGCCACUGGCUCCAGCCACUGGCAGGAGCGAUCGGAUGAAGGCGCGCGCGAAUCCUUGAGGGUGCAAACGACGGCACAAUUGCCCGGUCUGACGUUGCACAAUGCCAAGAGUAUGGACGAUCUGCAUCGGCCCUCACAGUCUGCGUCGCAGCCGUCCACGUUGACGACGCAGGCCGAAGUGCGCAAGCAAGCUGGCAUGGAUCGUGACGGCCGAUACCCCACGCCGGCCAUCAUGAGACCGUCCACAGCUGCACCUGCUGGCGCAGGCGCUCGCGAAAGCGCCUCUUCGCACCGACAGUACAGCUCCGAUGCUCUGGGAAGCAGUCGAUCACCUCAAGAGCCCACAUUGGGCCUUGACCCCCGGAUGUUGCAGCGGAACCGUAGUGCGCAGGCGGCCAUCCCGAGUGGCCAACAGCUCGUUAAUCAUGGCCCAACGAGGAUGUCGAGCACUCCGCAGAUUCGAUCGCCGCCGAUGCAACAUGUAUACCUUGGCCAAGGGCAGAUCGACCCUCGCUUCAACACCCAGCCUCCUCACUCUGCGCAUCCAAUGCAAGCUCAUCCUUCCAACAUGGUUGCUCGUCCUCCGUACAGCGCUGCUCCGUCGUUUGCGUCACAGCCAGCGUACCAGUCCCAGUCAUUUGGGCAAGCCGCGCUCCGGCCAAUGGGUCAUGGCUUCGUCAACGAGUUUGGAGCGCGCGCUCCGGCUGCUAGCGUCAACUUUAAUACGUAUCACGGUCACGAUCCGCGUAUGAAUGCCAGCGCUAUGCAAGGCUCGCUCACGCCACGCCCGUACUCUUACUACGAGCAGCCGUCCAUGCAUCAACAACAACCAAUGUAUCGGCCUUAUGCACAGCCUAGCCUCGUCACCGCUUCCCCCUACCGCACUCGCGAGGAUCCGUUCACGACGCGCUACUUUCCUGCCUCAAGCUCUCGACAGGUUUCGGAAUUCCAGAUGCAGGCUGGACGCCUAGAACCUGGUAUGACGGUUCAGCAGACACUGCGCACGCAAGAAGCGAUUUGGGGCCAUACAUCUGCUGGAUCUCCAGGACAAGCGUACCAGAGCGCUCAUGCACACCCGCCAGGGCCCUCGUACGGUCCUCGCGAUCCGCGUCAGCCUGGGCAGUCCAACCAGUAUACGGGCAUGCAAGCCUAUCCGAAUGCCUCGGCAGCUCCUCAGAUGCAGCAGCGACCAAGCUACCAGGGCUCUGCGAUGCCGAAUCUGCACCACGUGCCACCUCCGCGACCGCAAUCUUACCCCUCGGCGCAGCCACAACCACAGCCACCCCGCAACGCACACGACAGGCAUCCUGCGCCACCUGCAGGACACUCUGGUCCGCAGAUGAUGCCUCAGUCUUCAGGCUCUUCUGCAGGUCGCGCGCCAAUGCAGCCACAACAGAACCAACAGUUGUCGCAGCCGUCACAGCCGUCACAGCGAGAGCAGCCGGGACACGCACAAGCAAUGCCUGGCUCUGAGUCGCAUCGACGCGACCCACCGGUACGGACGAACGCGUCGGAGCGCUCUUCUGGGUCGUCGUUCUCGAGCCAGGGCAGUUUCCAGCACGGACGGCCACACAAUGACGAUUGCAACAGUCGCAAUUCGAUCGAAGAGUCGUUCAGUGCGCCAACGUCUGCCAGAAGUUCACAGAGCGAAGCUGCGUCGGCCAAGCCUGUCAAUGUGGAGCACCGGUCGUCUUAUGCCGAUCAAGAGCGCGAUCUGGCUGACGACGAACUGGAACAUGUUCGACCUCUACCCAAGCUUCCGCAUUCUUCGGCCACGACACGGACGGAUGCGUUCAAGUCGUCGUCUUGUGACGCGAGUGGUGCGACGGUCGGCGGCAGCGUGAGAAGGUCCGAAGACGAGGAUACGUUGCGUGCAGGCGAAUGGGCGCAGCUGUGGCGUGCUCUGGACCCCAAGUCGGAUGGUACCGUGAGUGGCACGGCGAUCAGUGGGAGCAGUGGUGGCGAUGGUGAUACUGUGCGAGCCGAACCGAGCACGCCAGGAGCGUCUCGACCUCAGACCAAGGAUGGUGCGACGCUUCCGAUUUCACUCGAGCCUCCGCGCAUCCCAAGUCCAAGUCUGGCACCGGAGGAGAACGGCACUGUGUCGUCAUUCGGCACGUUUGACGAUGACGAAACCGAAUCGGGAACGUGGGCACAACCGCUCGACUCGGACGUCAACGCACCGCGGCUGCCGUUGCGACUGGAUGCGGACAGCGAAGCAUUGUCGGACGAUCACGCCACUCUGUUGCCAGGCCAAGACACGUUGCUGCAGGCCUCGACACGAGGCACACGAGGCUUUUCGGCGGCUUCAAACAGUCCGAAGCGGCCCGAGUUGCGACUGACGAUCGAUCCGGCGGCUGGACCGACAGUGAUGACUUGGACAGCGUCGCAAGCGAGCACCAACUCUCCGCGUGCGAGCACGUCGCACCUCUCUUCAGCGCUCAACAGCGGAGGUAUUACGCGGAGCAACUCUUUUGCGCGCAGAGAUGACGACUGGGCAUUCCGUCCGCCUCCCGAGCAGCUGUACGAGAACCUGGACGAUUUCUUCCCCAAGCACGAUCUGGACAAGCCGCUGCUGGACACGACAGCUGGGCCAGAGAGUGGGCUGGUCAGCAGCCCUCGCGCCGAGGCGAGCGUGCCGAGUGUGGCGUCGGUGGGCGCACAGCAGGGAUUGAGCCAACGGAGCCGUCACAAGAAAUCGAUCCGACUGGUGGCCGAGGAUCGGAAGCGCAUCCUGGAGCGUGCCGACACGCGGCGCGCGGCGCAGGGAGCCGAGCUGAGCAGCGGGCUGGUGCGGCGGCGGAGUACCAAGCUUUGGGGUACCAAGGUGGUCGAGAUGACGCCCGGGCAGGAGCUGGCAACGCCGGCAUCGGCAACGUCGGCGGAAUCGCCUUGGUCGGAUACAGCGUCGACUACGGGUCAGCCGGUGUUCAAGUGGGUCAAGGGCGAUCUGAUCGGUAAGGGGACGUAUGGACGGGUGUAUUUGGCGCUGAAUGCGACGACGGGCGAGAUGAUCGCGGUCAAGCAGGUCGAGCUACCACGCACCGCCAGCGACCGUGAAGAUUCAAGGCAGAAGGGCGUCGUGGCUGCGCUCAAGUCCGAGAUCGAGACGCUCAAGGAUCUCGACCAUCCGCACAUUGUGUCGUACCUCGGUUUCGAAGAGACUCGUCAGUUCCUGAGCAUCUUUCUCGAGUACGUACCCGGUGGAUCGGUGGGCUCGUGUCUACGCAAACACGGCAAGUUUGAGGAGUCGACGAUCAAGUCGUUUCUGCACCAGAUUCUCGAGGGACUUGCGUACUUGCACUCCAAGGGGAUCCUCCAUCGUGAUUUGAAGGCGGACAAUAUCCUGGUGGAUUUCGAGGGCACAUGCAAGAUCAGUGACUUUGGCACAGUGCGGCGAUCAGACGACAUCUACGGUAAUGUGGAAAACAUGUCGUUGCAGGGAUCCAUCUUUUGGAUGGCUCCCGAAGUGGUCUCGCUCAGCAAGAAGGGGUAUUCUGCCAAGAUCGACAUCUGGUCCUUAGGCUGUGUCGUCCUGGAAAUGUUUGCAGGAAGACGCCCCUGGUCCGACGACGAAGCCGUGCAGGCCAUGUUCAAGAUCGGCGCACAACGCAAGGCUCCGCCCAUCCCCGCUGACGUCAAACUCACCAAACAGGCCGCCCACUUUCUCAAGAACUGCUUCGAAAUCGAUCCCGCCAAACGCCCCACCGCGCAAAGACUGCUAGACCACGUCUUUACCGUCCCCGUCCCCGGCUGGCAGUUCUCCCACAGCGCCCUCUGCAGAAGCCUCCAUCGCUAA